UAAACGUACAUUUUACGCGCGUGAAACACGUCGUCUCUGCGUCGUGACGUGUGCGUCAUCUCCAUGACAACCGCCGAGGCUUCGACCAACAACAGCGAGACAUGGACGACGACCAGAGCGCGGAAGAGACGACGUUUGUGGUGGAUGAAGUGAGCGGCAUCGUGAAGGAGUCUCUGGAAGCAGUGAUCGGCAGGAACCCGUAUGACCACAAGCGUGUGAACCAGUGGAUGUCCAGCGUGGUGGAGCAGUGCCUGGGUCAGCUCAGCAAACUCAGCAAACCCUUCAAGUACAUCGUCACAUGUAUCAUAAUGCAGAAAAAUGGUGCAGGACUGCAGUCGGCUUCUUCGUGUUUCUGGGACAAUAACACAGACGGCAGCUGCACGGUGAGAUGGGAAAACAAACACCUGUACUGCGUGGUCAGUGUGUUCGGCCUCGCUCUGUAGAGUCAGUGAUCCUGCACAAUAAACUCAAUUCACCUCUUAAAAGUGUCUGAAGAGUUUAUUCCACAUUCGCUCAGACGUCACGACAGUGCAGGUGAAGCUCGGCGCUUCGGGAAUGAUCUUAUGUACACGUGGAAAGGCACAGCGAACCUCUCAAUGAAACCACGUCUUCAGAAGACAUCGGAGUGAACCAAACAAAAAAAAACAAGGCGCUCGGGUCCUCAGCGGGACCCUGGAAGUGAUUCAGACCCACAAAACAAUGAUCAGAAGUAGAGGAAAACAGGAGAGAAACGAGUAGAGGCACAAUAAAACAGGAAUGUGAGAAAACAAGGCUGAAGUACAAGAUCCAGUGAAGGCUCCAGAGACGCUCCAAACAGAACCAAAC